ACGCCCGGCCGUCGCAAUAGUGUGCUAGUCGGCAAUGCGCUCCGCUGACCGAAUCUUUAACACGUCACGUGGUCCAAGUCGCGCGGAUAUGACAUCGUGGACAUUUCGAGGACGAUUUACUCAAUUUAUAUGAGCUAACAACAACUGUAUUUGGAGGUCAAAUUCAAAAAAAAAAUGUUUUGGAUCUCAGUUAUUCUAUUGUUUGCGUUUAACGGGUGUAAUGGAUACCAGCCAAAGUUCACCGAACCCAUUGGCAACAUCACUGUGCCGGUCGCCCGAGAAGCUAUGUUUACGUGUUAUGUUCACGGCUUAGGUGGUUAUAGGGUUGGUUGGGUGAAAGCCGACACAAAAGCCAUUCAAGCUAUACAUGACCACGUGAUUACGCAUAAUGCUAGAGUAUCCGUUUCUCAUACCGAUGAUUCAACCUGGAAUCUACACAUUAAAAAUGUCCAAGAAGAAGAUCGUGGUCAAUAUAUGUGUCAAAUAAAUACCGACCCAAUGAUAAGUCAGAUGGGAUACUUGGAUGUUGUGAUACCACCCGAUAUAAUAUAUGAAGACACUUCGGGAGAUGUAAUGGUACCUGAAGGAGGAACUGUGAAGUUAACAUGCAGGGCUAAGGGCUACCCGAAACCACAUGUUUUGUGGAGAAGAGAAGACGGACGUGAAAUAGUUAUCAAAGACGCCAGUAGCACUAAAACUAAAGUUACCACGUACCAGGGUGAAGUGUUGCGGUUGACCAAGGUCAGUAGAUCUGAAAUGGGAGCUUACCUGUGCAUUGGGUCAAACGGAGUGCCUCCGUCUGUUAGCAAACGCAUCACGGUCAGCGUUCACUUUCAUCCAGUGAUUUCGUCACCUAGUCAAUUGGUCGGCGCUCCAAAAGGAACCGAAGUCAAGUUAGAAUGUAAUGUCGAAGCAUUCCCAAAAUCUAUAAAUUACUGGGUCCGAGAAAGUGGUGAUAUGGUAAUAACUAGUGACAAAUAUCAGACAAACAGCACGACCAAGUCUAUAUUCGAGGACCAGAUGGUGUUGACCAUAAGAUCGGUUGAGAAAUACGACUUGGGAUCAUACAGAUGCAUAGCAAAGAAUUCUCUCGGCGAAGUGGAGAGCAAUAUCAGAUUAUAUGAGAUACGGGGCUUAAACGAGAAAGAAGACGACGACAACGGUGAUCUGUCAGAUCUCUAUCCGGAAUCAUACACGGAGACUCACCACGCCUAUGGCGGUGGCGGUGGAGGCGGUGGAGGUGGCGGAAAUGGAGUAGGUGACUACAGGAACCGGACCAAGCACAGACACCACACGGACGCAAAUCCACCCACACCCAGCCCAAGUGCAUCCACCCGAUUGGUUCCACCGUUCUACCGGACUUUUGAGUACCUCUGACAUACGGUUCCCGUCUGGUAAGCGCGAGUGGAGCGACUACCAGACGAGCGUGGUGCACGUGGUUCUUCCUAACCGGCGUUCGUCGACACUGAUACGAAUAAGCCGCAAGUACACUCUACUACCGCCAAUGAUCUAUGAGAUCGCGAUAAUAAUAAAAUAUAUAAUAUUAUAAUAAACAAUAAAAACUUAAAAAACAAUAAUUAUUUUAGACCCAAAAUCCGCCUUUGUCAGAGCCGCGUUAAGUAUCCCGCCUGACUACCUUGUACCUACUAUAUACAUACCUGCAUACUCGCCGAAUUUCCAAUGUACACAAUUUAGACCACUUCCAGCAGAAAUGCGUCGCUGUGUGUGACUAGAUUGUUUAAAAAUCCAAGUGCUCGGUGUCGAGAUAAUAACCGUGAAAUCUUGCAGAGUUAUUUAUAAUUAUAUAUAAAUAUGCAUACGAGGUGUGUUUAAUAAAAUACCCAAACAGAAAUCUGUCUACAUAGGUAAAUCUAUAACACAGUUGGUAAUUUAUUUAUAUAAAAAUAAUCAAGAUACGAUUUCCAGUGUGGGCUUAUGAAAUUAAAAUCAUUUCUCAAUCCAGCAUAGACCUAUCGUAUAAAAUCGCAACCUCACGAUAAAUUAUAAAAUAAAGUAACAACCGAACAACUCGUGCGUAGGUAUUAAUUUUUGUCUGAAAAUCAAUCAAAAGAAUGUUAUGGAAACUUUUGAAUUUAUAAUGUUGAAUUUUGAAGAUAAUUCUUUAAGUCGUCCUUUAACUUUUUACUAGUUCAAGUUAAUCCUGCCCCACAUUUCGUGAAAUCCCACCAUAUUCACCUGUCUUGGACCACUACUGAGUCUUUUUAUUAUUCCCAAAACUAAAACUACUCUCUCAAAGGCUAAAGAUUUUAAGAAGUUAACGAGACCGUUCGCAAUGUGAUGAGAGAGAUUAAAGUUAUAACUUUGGCGGAAACACAAAGGUCUCUUCAAAGGAUUUGAGGACCGCGUUAGAAGCAAUGUAUUGAAGCUAAAAUACAAUAUUAGUUUGAAGGCGACCCAUUCAAUUUGUAAGUUUCAAAUACACAGAAUAAUAACAUGUUUGUCCCCAUGGGUAUUUUUCGAACACAUCUCGUGUGGCGUACGAUGUCGGGGGAUUUAGAACGUCUUUUUUUUUUUACGUUUUAUGAGUUUUUCCGAAACACCUCGAAAAUUGCCGACCCUUCAACGCCAACUACCUCCCGGCGUUAUUAUUUUAAUAUUACAACAAUAAUGUUA